CAGCCCCUAGCUGGAUUCCAGCCAUUGCUGCAGCUGCUCCACAGCCCUUUUCAGGACCCAAACAACCGCAGCCGCUGUUCCCAGGAUGGUGAUCCGUGUGUAUAUCGCAUCUUCCUCUGGCUCUACGGCGAUUAAGAAGAAACAGCAGGAUGUGCUUGGUUUCCUAGAAGCCAACAAAAUAGGAUUCGAAGAAAAAGAUAUUGCAGCCAACGAAGAGAAUCGGAAGUGGAUGAGAGAAAAUGUACCUGAAAAUAGUCGACCAGCCACAGGGUACCCCCUGCCGCCUCAGAUUUUCAAUGAAAGCCAGUACCGAGGUGACUAUGAUGCCUUCUUUGAAGCCAGAGAAAAUAAUGCAGUGUAUGCCUUCUUAGGCCUGACAGCCCCACCUGGUUCAAAGGAAGCAGAAGUGCAAGCAAAGCAGCAAGCAUGAACCUUAAGCACUGUGCUUUAAGCGUCCUGAUAAAUGAGUCUCCACUGCUUUUAUAAAAUAGCGGAAUUAGCUUUGCUUCAAAAUAAAUAAGCUUAAUGUUGAAAUAAUAGAUUAGUUGGUGUUUUCACAUGCAAACAUUCAAAAUGAAUACAAAAUUAAAAUUUGAGCAUUAUGGUGAGGAGAAUGGGAUAUUAACAUAAAAUUAUAUGAAUAAGUAGACAUCAUAGACAUAGUGCUGUUACCUGCCAAAACGUCCUGUGUACACCAAUGAUUUUUACAGAGAAAAUAUCCUUCCCUCCUUUUUUGCCAUUUUUAUGGCAGCUUAAGUGUAUCUCUGGCCCUAUGUUAAAA